AUGAGUUUUGAGAGCAACGCAGAUCUCACGCCAGAAGGACUUUCAAGGGAGUUAAAUUCUCCUUCGGUUUCCUCACAGGCAUCCAUGUUGUCCGACAAUGGCGAAAGUGGCGAUAUACCCGCUGAUCAGGCCUGGUACGGCCACUUUCAAGGAGAACUCUCAAACCUCCCUAAAGACUCGUACGUCGAAAGAUUACUCGAGCUGACAGGAGAGAACACUGUGCAGAUAGAUCUGUUUAGAUCAUGGCUGUCCGAUAAGGCUAAAGCAGCCCGGCCAGACGAUUGUCCGACUUCCGAACCCAUCAAACGCAAAAGCACCAAGGGUGGUGGGACCAAGCACGUCAAAAAUGCUAAUGACUGUUAUUUGCUCCAGUCUUUCUUGGACGGGGCCACAGUUCACGAUAUUUAUGAGGUUUAUCGCUCGCAUAGCAGAGGUUCAACCCCUGCGGAUAUCAAUAGAAGGCAGCUGAUCCUCGACCAAGCCAUACGCCAUGUCCGAAUCGCGCCUGCCAACUCAUGCGCUACCAGUGUAGAUGUACAUGAGCAAGGUGUUGAAGUGGAAACCGAUCAGGAAACCUCAAACAUUCGCAUAACCGCAAAUACUAAUCCAGUGCAUGGCCCAAAGCUUCUCUCAAUGGCGGACAUUUGCGCGUGUGUGUGUAGGCUUGAAAAUGACAUGGCUUCUUUCAAAAACACUCAUAGCGAUCCCGCGCUUGAGCUCGAACAGUAUAAAGAGCUUAAUAAAGCAGUGUCACACGAUUUUAAUGCAAACAAAGUCAAACUUGCAGAACUUACUGCAACUGUCUCAAGGCUCGAUGCUGAAAAUGGUAACCUGCAAGCGCAGGUCACUAAUCUGCACCGGGAAAAGGAUGAAAAAGACCACGCAACUCUGAACGAUCCGAUCACCGAUAUCGUUGCGCUGAAAGAAUCUGUGGGCUCGUUUGAGACAGAACUGAACCGAAUUCGGGAUAAAGUUACUGAUUCUCAAGAGCCAGACAAAAUCUCGAAUCGAGGCAAAACGUUCGUUAAACAGACAAAAUCCGAUAUCGCUUCCGUACUUGCUAGGAUGGAGGCCUGUGAAGCAGCGUACGAAGGCCUUCAAGCUGCCCUAAAGGAGCACCAGCAGGAGUACUCCUCGUUAAAGGCAGAGUGCCACAAACUGCAAAGGGAUCUCAGUGACACGCGUUCGGAGUUGUCGGAUGCGAGCCGGAAACGCGAGGCCCUAGCUAAGGAUAACGAGAGGCUGCGGGGUAAAUGUGAGACCUUUGAGAAUCUGCCGAAAGAAUUCAAGGAGGUGAAAAUUGCUUUUGAGCGCAUAAAGGAUACGCGCGACUCGGGUGUGGCCAAGUUGCGCAAUGACGUCAAACAGGUAAAAACGGACGUCAAAAACACCGAGACUAUCUUGAAUGAACUUGACUCUAAAUUCAAAGAUCUGCGCAAAGGGCUUGACGCAGUCAAGUCCAAGGCCUCUGAUACCGAAAGGAAAGUAGCAAACGAAUUGAAGUCCCAAAAGGAUAGCUAUGCUACUCGUACCCGCAAUGAGCAACAUAAGGAUGCCAGCGCACAAACGGUCGCGGGAAACCAGCCAUCCACUCGUGUCAAAGGCACUCAACCUCUCGGUGAUGCAUCAGCGGUCCACCAUUCAGAACGAGCAGCCUUGGCCAGGAGGGCUGAGCAAGGGAUCCCCCCGCCCCAGCAAGUUGAACGAAUGGGGGCCCAACCCCAGCAUAUCGAACGGAUGAUCACCCCCACUACCCAGCAAACUGAACGAGCGGUCCCUCCACCCAAGCAAAUUGAAACAGUCGUCUUCUCCAAUCAGUGCAUGGUAAAGAACAGACCGAACCCGGAUAUCGACUCUGGGGUAGAUAGCUACAGAACGAACGAGCAGGGCUGCGGGGAAUUCACUGGCGUGACCAGAAAACCUCGACGGCGGAGGGCGCCCCUAUUCGUGGGGUUCAUCUCGCCCCGGACCACCGUUGACUCAAUACUUAGGUUCUUAGUUGGUCACAAAGUGAGCGAGCCGCACGUUAGACUCAUGAAAAGCAAAAUUAGAGGCACCCAGUCAGCUAAAGUCAUUGUUGACCUACAGGACAAGGACAUGUUGCUCCAUGAGGACUUCUGGCCAGCCGGUGUCCUCUGUCGGGAGUGGAUGGAUUAG